AUGAAUAAUUCUCUUCAUCAAUUACCGGUUCAAAUAGCAAACCCUACGCUUUUUGACAGUCGCGGAUUUAUUGCAGGCAAGUGGAGAUACGCAGCUUCAGAGAAGAAAUUUCCUGUGACAGAGCCCUCCUCUGGUCAGGUUCUGGCCCAUUGCGCGGACUUUUCUCAGGAAGAGUUUGUGGAAGCCAUCGAGGAAGCCGACCAUGGAUUUCGAAAGUAUUUCCAUCAGACCACUGCCAAGCAAAGAAGCUCAUUUCUGCGCAAAUGGAACGACCUUAUCUUGGAGAAUCUUGACGAUCUUGCCAAGAUACUCUCUCUAGAGAAUGGCAAGACACUAUUAGAAGCAAAGGGCGAGGUGGCAUAUGCAGCAUCUUUUGUUUCAUGGUUUGCCGAAGAAGCAGUUCGAUCAUAUGGAGACGUCAUCCCAUCUUCUUACCAGAACACAACUGCGUUGACUUUCAAAGAGCCAGUUGGUGUCUGUGGUAUAAUCACACCUUGGAACUUCCCUGCGGCUAUGAUAACUCGGAAGAUCGCACCUGCAUUUGCGGCAGGCUGUUCAGUUGUCAUCAAACCACCGAGCGAGACACCGUUUACCGCGAUCGCAUUGGUUAAGCUUGCUCUAGAAGCAGGAUUUCCGCCUGAUAUCGUGCAUGUUGUACCGACCAAAGAUCGCAAUGCUUCCUUGGAGUUGGCCACGCACCCUAAGGUUAAAAAGAUAAGCUUCACUGGCUCAACCAACGUUGGCAAAAUGCUCACCAAGCUUGCUGCUGGUACCAUGAAGCGAGUCAGCAUGGAGCUUGGUGGGAAUGCGCCUUUUAUCGUUUUCGAUGAUGCAGAUAUCGAAAAAGCCGUUGAAGGAGCAUUAAUUUGCAAGUUCCGCUCUUCUGGUCAGACUUGCGUUUGUGCAAAUCGCCUUUAUGUGCAUCAAGAUGUCUUAGAGGAUUUUACUCAGCGAUUGAUCUGUCGAGUCCAAUCAUUCAAAUUGGGGCGUGGCAUCGAUGAAGGCAUUACCCACGGCCCUCUUGUCAAUGCUGCCGCUGUGGAAAAAGUUAAGAGUCACGUAGCGGAUGCUAUCGAAAAGGGGGGCCAACUCCGAUACGGUGGUGCGGUGCCGGCUGAUACUUCUGGGUAUUUUUAUCAGCCAACUAUUAUCACCAAUGCCCAUAAGGACAUGCUCCUUGCGACCGAUGAAACAUUCGGUCCUCUCGCAGCCAUUUUCGCUUUCUCUUCCGAGGAAGAAGUCAUUGAAAUGGCUAAUGACACCGAAUUUGGCCUGGCAGGUUACUUUUUUAGUGAAAAUAUCAAUCGUGUUCUUCGCGUUGCACAGCGGUUGGAAUGCGGCAUGCUUGGUGUGAAUACUGGCUUGAUUAGCGCAGCCGAAACCCCCUUUGGAGGAGUCAAGGAGAGUGGAAUUGGACGAGAGGGAAGUAAAUAUGGGCUCGGCGAAUAUCAAAAUAUCAAGGCUGUAACUAUUAGAGGUUGA